AUUCAAGUGAUCAAUAUCAUAGUUAUGGCAAAACAGACCAACCUAGACAUUUUCUUAGGUGGGUUUGCACAUAUCUUGGAAGAACAAUGGCAAGUUGAUGUGUUGCUCAAGGCAGGAGAUCACAGCGAUCCUGAUGCAGCAAUCUCCGCCCACAAACUUGUUCUGGCUGCAAGAUCAAAGGUCUUUAAGAAGAUGCUUGAGAAGGAUGAGUGCAAGACCUCGUCUGAGAAAGAGAUAAUCACUCUUUCGGAGAUGAAACACGAAGAGGUAAAGGCUUUAGUAGAGUUCAUAUACAGUAAUGGCUCAAGGCCUUGUGCAGGGCAUGCUCGAACACUUUAUCUAGCAGCGGACAAAUAUGAGAUCCCACAUAUGCGAGACCUAUGCAGAAACGAACUUAUAUCUUCUCUGAAUGCAUCUAAUGCUCUUGACGUUUAUGAGCUUGCCCAAAUCCCUUUCGAUGAUGCACUAAACAAAGCUGCCUUAGACUGUAUCCGAAUGAAUAUAACUACAAUUGCUUACUCUGAUGAGCUCAAGCUGUUUGCAGAGAGUAACCCAAAUCUUACAGUGGAGAUAAUGAAGGCUUGUGUUGAACGGAGUAGAAGUAGAAACUACAGUACUCUUACUGUAUAUCCAAUAAUGUAGCUUUCGUUCUUUUACUAUGACAUACCACAAAUCCGUUCACUUUUAUGAGAUUAUACUUAUUUAUUGUUUUCACAAACUUGACAAAUUUUAAACUUAUUCGUGCAAUUCGUAUAUCAGUGAUUAUGAAAUAUUAUAUUUUCUUAUGUGAAUAAGAAAAAAA